AUGUCUCUAAAAGAGCAUAAAAAUAAUAAAAUAAAAUUAUUAAAAUAUAAUGGAGAAUCAAUAAAUUCAUUGGAAAAUUACUCAGGAAUAGGAACUGUAAUAUUUUAUCCUCAUAAAAAUAUGAAGAAAAGAGAAAAAUAUUAUGGGAAUUUAUUACAAGGAAGAAAACAUGGAUAUGGAGAAUAUAAAUAUUACAAUGGAGACAUAUAUCAAGGAUUUUAUGAACAUGAUAAAAAAAACGGAAUAGGCACUUAUUUUUAUAACAACACUUCUAAAGAAAAAAAGGAAAAAAAGAAAUCAAAAAAGCAUGAAGAUAUAGAAGAAAACGAAGACGAAAGUGAAGAAGAUAAAGAUAACAAGAAAGAAAAUUCAGAUGAAGAAAAAGAUUACAGCGAAAAUGAAAACGAUAGUAAAGAUGACGAUGAAGAUGAAAACGAAAGUGAAAGUGAAGAUAAGGAUAAAGAUAAAGACGAGAAAGGUGAAGAUGAGGAAAGUGAGAGUAAUGAAGAUGAAGACGAAAAGAGUGAAGGUAAAAAUGACGAGGAUGAUGAUGAUGAUGAAGAGGGAGAGAUUGAUGAAGAUGAAGAUGAAGAUGAUGAUGAAGAUGAAGAUGAUGAAGAUGAUGAAGAUGAUGAUGAAGAUGAUGAAGAUGAUGAAGAUGAUGAUGAUGAUGAGGAUGAUGAAGAAGACGAAGAAGAUGAUGAUGACAAAGAUGAAGAAGAUGAUGAUGACAAAGAUGAUGAAGAUGAUAAAGAUGACAAAGAUGAUGAAGAUGAUAAAGAUGACGAAGAUGAUGAAGAUGAGAAUGAGGGUAACAAAAGUAAUGGAGAUAAUGAUGGUGAUAGUAAAGGUAUGAAAGAUAAUGAAAAAACUGAAGAUGAAUAUAUGGAGAUAUAUAAUAAUGACGAUGAAAAUUAUAAAGAUAGUGAUGAAAAUGAGAAUCAAAAAAAUAAAGAGUAUUAUAAAAAAAAAAAAAUUUCUAAAAAGUUGCUGAAAUUAAUGAAAAAUUUAAAUGAAACCAAAGGAAAAAAACACAUUAUUAAUCCUUUUAAAGAAAAAAGAAAUUAUUAUUAUGGUAAUUAUUUUAAUGGAUUAAAGCAUAAUAAUGGAAUGAUGUUAUAUGCAAAUGAAGACAUAUAUGUGGGGAAUUGGAAAUUUGGAAAAAAAAAUGGAUGGGGGAAAUAUAUAUAUAAAAAAUGUAAAAGUAUAUUAGAGGGAUAUUGGGUAGAUGGAUAUAUAUCAUAUGGAAAAUGGAUAUUGCCAAAUGGAACAUAUUUUGUUGGUAACUUUAAGGAAAAUAAACCCAUUGGUGAUGGUGUAUGGGUAUUUAAUGACAAAACUCAAUUGAAUGUUUUUUAUGAUCAAAUUGAACUAAAAUCUAAAAAAAAGAAAAAUAAAAAAGGUGAAAAAUGCUCCAAUAUUGUAUUAAAAUAUAAACCACUAUAUAUUACUUCAACCAGAGAAACAUGA